CGUGUGUGUGCAUGAGUGAGUGAGUGAGAGGAGGGGUCUCUCUCUCUCUCUCUCUUUCUCAGAGCUCAGUUAAUCCUGCUGUCAGUUGGUGUUAAGGCAGCGAUCUAAGCGCUGGAUUCCAAGAGAAAGAGACACACAGCAUAAUAGAAAGAAGAGAGGACCAAAAAGAGGGGCAGAAAAGAAAAGAAGAACAGAGGACCAAAGAAGAAGGAAGGAAGGAAGGAAGGAACCAGAAGGGGGGAAAUACCAAAUCUAUGCUUGGACCUGGGCUUCUUUCUCGCCAAUGCAAAAGGGAAUAUGCAGCACAUUUUUGCCUUCUUCUGCACCAGUUUCCUAGGGGCAGUGUUGGGGGUCAAUUUCCCCAGCAACAUCCAGAUCGGGGGAUUAUUUCCUACUCAACAAUCCCAGGAACAUGCAGCUUUUAUGUUUGCAUUAUCUCAGUUCACAGAGCCCCCCAAGCUGGCUCCCCAGAUCGAUAUUGUGAAUAUUAGCGACAGCUUUGAAAUGACCUACACCUUUUGUUCACAGUUCUCCAAGGGUGUCUAUGCUAUCUUUGGCUUUUAUGAGAGGAGGACUGUCAACAUGCUCACAUCCUUCUGUGGGGCACUCCACGUCUGCUUUGUAACACCCAGCUUCCCUGUUGACACAUCCAAUCAAUUUGUUCUUCAGCUGCGGCCAGAACUGCAGGACGCCCUCAUCAGUGUUAUAGAAUAUUACAAGUGCCAGAAAUUUAUGUACAUUUAUGAUGCUGACCGGGGUUUGUCAGUGCUUCAAAAAGUCUUGGAUACGGCUGCAGAGAAAAACUGGCAGGUGACUGCUGUCAAUAUCAUGACAACGACAGAAGAAGACUACAAGUCACUCUUCCAGAAUCUGGAGAAGAAGAAAGAACGGGUCGUGGUGGUGGACUGUGAAUCUGAGCGGCUAAAUGCUAUCUUGGGCAAGAUCAUCAAGCUUGGAAAAAAUGGAAUUGGAUACCAUUAUAUUCUUGCAACUUUGGGCUUCAUGGAUAUUGAUCUGGGAAAAUUCAAGGAAAGUGGAGCAAAUGUGACGGGAUUCCAGUUGGUGAAUUAUACAGACACCAUCCCAGCCAGGAUCAUGCAGCAGUGGAAGAGCAAUGAUGCCAGAGAACAACCUCGUGUGGACUGGAAGAGGCCAAAGUACACAUCUGCUCUUACGUACGAUGGGGUUCGGGUAAUGGCAGAAGCUUUUCAGAGUCUCAGGAAACAGCGAAUUGACAUCUCACGUCGUGGGAAUGCUGGAGAUUGCCUAGCCAAUCCAGCUGUUCCAUGGGGACAAGGGAUUGACAUCCAGAGAGCUCUACAACAGGUGCGUUUUGAAGGACUGACAGGUAAUGUCCAGUUUAAUGAGAAAGGACACCGGACUAAUUACACCCUUCAUGUGAUUGAAAUGAAACACGAUGGGAUCAGAAAGAUUGGAUAUUGGAAUGAAGAUGAAAAACUUGUUCCAACAGUCACAGAUCAAGCAGGUGCAAACGAGACAACAACUCUCCAGAACAGGACCUACAUUGUUACAACUAUUCUAGAAUCCCCAUAUGUGAUGCAGAAGAAGACGAAUGAACCAUUGGAAGGAAAUCUCAGGUACGAAGGAUAUUGUGUCGAGUUGGCUGCUGAGAUUGCGAAACACGUUGGCUACAACUACAGCUUGCAGAUUGUUGCUGAUGGGAAGUAUGGCGCCCGGGAUCCUGAGAGUAAAUUAUGGAAUGGCAUGGUCGGUGAGCUAGUCUAUGGAAGAGCUGAUGUGGCUGUUGCGCCAUUAACCAUCACUCUAGUGCGAGAGGAAGUGAUAGACUUUUCCAAACCAUUUAUGAGCCUGGGCAUAUCUAUCAUGAUUAAAAAACCACAAAAGUCCAAGCCUGGGGUCUUUUCCUUCCUGGAUCCCUUAGCUUAUGAGAUUUGGAUGUGUAUUGUUUUUGCUUACAUUGGAGUAAGUGUUGUCCUCUUUCUGGUCAGUCGCUUCAGCCCUUAUGAGUGGCAUAAUGAGGAGCUUGAAGAAGGACGUGACCAGCCAGCCAACGACCAAACCAAUGAAUUUGGGAUAUUUAACAGUCUCUGGUUCUCCUUGGGAGCGUUUAUGCAACAAGGAUGUGAUAUAUCUCCAAGAUCCCUAUCUGGACGCAUUGUUGGUGGGGUCUGGUGGUUUUUCACCCUGAUCAUCAUAUCGUCUUACACAGCCAAUCUAGCUGCGUUCUUAACAGUAGAAAGAAUGGUGUCUCCCAUAGAGAGUGCAGAAGACUUGGCCAAGCAAACAGAGAUUGCUUACGGGACUCUUGAUGCUGGUUCUACUAAAGAAUUCUUUAGGAGAUCUAAAAUAGCGGUUUUUGAGAAGAUGUGGACGUACAUGAAGUCAGCUGAGCCCUCUGUUUUCGUGCCGACAACAGAAGAGGGGAUGAAGCGUGUGAGGAGAUCCAAAGGGAAGUAUGCCUACCUGCUAGAGUCCACCAUGAAUGAGUACAUUGAGCAGAGAAAGCCAUGUGACACCAUGAAGGUGGGAGGUAACUUGGAUUCCAAAGGCUAUGGCAUUGCAACGCCAAAAGGUUCGCCACUGAGAGGUCCCGUAAACCUAGCGGUUUUGAAACUCAGUGAGCAAGGCGUCUUAGACAAGCUGAAAAGCAAAUGGUGGUACGAUAAAGGGGAGUGUGGAAGCAAAGACUCCGGAAGUAAGGACAAAACAAGUGCUUUGAGUCUCAGCAAUGUGGCCGGUGUUUUCUACAUCCUCAUCGGAGGGCUUGGACUAGCCAUGCUGGUUGCCUUAAUCGAGUUUUGUUACAAGUCCAGAAGUGAAUCAAAACGGAUGAAGGGUUUUUGUUUGAUCCCACAGCAAUCAAUCAAUGAAGCCAUACGGACAUCAACCCUCCCCAGAGCAUCUGCAGCAGGAACCAGCAGUGGAGAAAACGGACGGGUGGUGAGCCACGAUUUCCCCCAAACCAUGCAGGAGAUUCCAUGCAUGGGUCACAACUCUGGCAUGCCCCUGGGAGCAACGGGAUUAUAAUUGCCCUUGACGGAUCUUCUGGUAAAUCCAUAGGCAGAAGAAAGUACAACCUGUACUGCAAUAAGGAGAGGGCAACUGGACUGAACAGAAUUUGAAGACAUCCCUGAGUACACGGUUACAGGAACACUGAGGAAGACAGCGCCAUUUUGUUUUUAACUUGGUUGUUAAUAAGUUCUUAGUGUGUGCAAUAUAUAUUUUUCUUACUAAUUCCCGUGAUGUCAGGGUAAAUACCAGCCCUGCCCUGCUCAACAGUUUAAAAAUCAGGUUUAGUUUGGGAUGCAAACCAUAAACGUCUGCGCUACUAACAGUGAAAGGAAAAACAAACAAAACCAAUCCUUUGAGACAACAGGACUCUACUGUGCUUUAAAGUUGUUGAGACAAGGCUGAGUAGGCCAUUGAACGUGUUCUCCAUUCCACUGUCAAAUGAAGGACUUUUAGGACAGUUGAAAGAGAAGCCUAACAUGGAGAAAGGAAAAGGAAGACUUCUGAAAUGGAGGCCAAUUGUAGUAUCUGGAUUUAGAAGAGCCCAGGUGGACAGAGGUUAAUGUGAUCUUUAUUCCAGAGCUUGAAAGUGGUUAUUUGAAUUGAAAGUGUUGUCAAUGUGGGAAAUAUAUGAGUUCCCAGAAUGUGCUCUUGGCAGGCUACCAAAUGGAUAGGUUAGCAACUACCUAAAACCAUGGCUGUUUCCUACAUAUGGAAAGAAAAUGCAAAAUAUAUAUUUAUUACAUAUCCUCCCUGCCUGCCUCCUCAAAAGUAAAGAGGCAAUUAUCAGCCAUUUCUUCAUUCCUGCACUUCUGUAAGGUUUCCUUUCUAUGGUGAUCUUUGAGUAGAGAACCAUUUAUCACCAGUUAAUCAGACAUCAGAGCUGUUUUGUAUACAUCUUGCUUUUUGGUCCAUGAGGGCCAUACCUGGUGGACAUUCCAUAGAGUAACUGGGCCACAUUAGGUUUACUAUGACAAGAAAAUCAAUCAAUCAAUACUUCAUUGAAUGAUACCAACAAGGAAGGGCAUUCACCUAAAUACAGCCUUCCACACAAUUUGUUUGCAGCUGGCCCCAAUUUUCAAAAUAAAAUAAAAAAAUAAAAAUAAAAUGAGUUUCAGGAAUCAAGUCUUGGCCAGCAGUAUCAUUUGCAGAAAAGCCAAUAGACAUGGUUUCCAUCUCAUCCAUCAACAUGAGGGGAAUCGGAACAUGCAGAAAAGACCAGCUGGUACCCUGCUUGCUACUGAAA